GGAAUAAUACAAAUUUCAGCUGCAGCUGCUGGCUCUGCCGGCAGAGGGCGCGCUGAUCAGCAGCAUCGAUCCGCGAUCGAUACUUCUCUGGGUUUCUGCAGCCUUUCUCUUGGGGAGGAAGGAGAGGCGUGUUCGGAACCCUGACCCCUUUAGGCCCAGAAGGUCCUGCGGUUGCUGUGGGUUCGGAACAUCAAACUGGGUCAUUCCUCUGGUCAGUGAAAGCUGGAGCGGCGGUCCGGGCGGGCCGAGAGGGAGCAGCUCCGGAAGGAAGGAAGGGAGGGUUCGGGCUGCCUGAGAAAGUUCGGCGGAGGUUCGGGUAUCUGGUUCGGUUCGGGACAUAAACUGGACGCGGUAAAAGGAGGAACUGAUUCCCACCGCAGCGGCAGAAAUGUUACCGCUGAUCCUGACGGUUUACCUCAACGACACCCAGCAGAUGCUAACUGAGGUCCCUGUUACCACGGCAACCAGAGUGACCGACGUGGUGGAGUUCUGCAAGGAGGCGGGCGAGUCCGAGUGCCACCUGGCCGAGGUCUGGAACGGUCACGAGCGUCCGCUCCCUCAGGAGCUGCUGCUGCUGGAUCUGCUCAACGCCUGGGGGGCCCGGAGGCCCGAGGUCCGCUACUACCUCAGGCACCGCCCCUUGUGGCCACCAGGAAACCCGCUGACCUCGGAUCAGAACCGGACCUCAGUGGCAGCAGAGAGCGAUGAUGACAGUCAUCAUUAUAUGGCUCCAGCACUAAGUGGUGGUGAUCAAACUGGGUCUGGACCGGGCCGGACCGGACUGCUGAGGACGGUCUGGUCUCUGAGUAACUCAGUAGAAACAGCCAGCUCCUCUUCCUCCUUUUCCUCCUCCGUGUUGAACCUCGGCUGCUGCAGUGAUGACCCGGUUCUGAUCCGGUCAGAGUCUCCGUCUCCCCAGGUACCAGAACCGAGUGUCAGUAGCAGAACCGGGCCGCUGCAGCAUCAUCUUCCUCAUCAAGCACAUCUGGAGGGGGCGGGGCUAAGCCGGCUCUGCUGCAGUAGAGAGAGAGAGGAGACGGGCGAGAGACGGGGGAGGGGGGGUGUCGCAGCAAAGAGCUGCAGCAGGACGAGGAGAGAAACAGAACAUGCUGGUUCUGACCCGGUUCCCACAGCAGAACUCGCCAAGAAGACUGUAUCUGAGGUAGACCUGAGCUCGACACCAGAUAAAGUUCUGGUCUGGUCCGGUUUCCCCUGCCGGACCGGCCCGGCCGGGACCAUGGAGUGGAACGAAGUGGACCUGGUGCAGGAGUUCACGGUGGAAGGACAAUGCAGCAAGAUCAAAGUCCGCUCCUGCAGGAUCACCUGGGACAAUCUGCAGGUCCCGCAGGUAGAGCUAACCCUCUCUGAGCUCCAGGAAAUGGCCACCAGGCAGCAGCAGCAGAUCGAGGCGCAGCAGCAGAUGCUGAUGGCCAAGGUAACAGCAGCAGCGAAGCAGCCACUGCGAACAGCUCCUCCGGUUGUUGUGGAAAUUUGUGCAAAAUCAAAAGAUCCCUGCUAUUUUUCUUCCUCAGAACUCGCCAAGAAGACUGUAUCUGAGGUAGACCUGAGCUCGACACCAGAUAAAGUUCUGGUCUGGUCCGGUUUCCCCUGCCGGACCGGCCCGGCCGGGACCAUGGAGUGGAACGAAGUGGACCUGGUGCAGGAGUUCACGGUGGAAGGACAAUGCAGCAAGAUCAAAGUCCGCUCCUGCAGGAUCACCUGGGACAAUCUGCAGGAAAUGGCCACCAGGCAGCAGCAGCAGAUCGAGGCGCAGCAGCAGAUGCUGAUGGCCAAGCUUCUGUCUGCAGCCGCAGAGAUCCACCAUGUGAGCAGCUUGUUCCAGGAGAAGCAAGAUGAGCUGCAGGCUGCCGUCAGCAGGGUGGAGCAGCUCACCCAGCAGUUGGAGGACUUGAGGAGGGGCCGCCUCCAGCUGCAGAACGAUGCCGAGAGGCUGGCGGACACCUCAGGCUCCCCGGUGGGACCCACCGCCCUGAAGGGCUCCUUGUUAUCCGGCUCUGCUGGCGUGGAGCUGAGGAAGCUCUACCAGGAGCUGCAGGCCCGGAACCACCAGAACCUGGAGCAGAGCGGCCGGCUGGCCCAGAACCAGGAGCUGCUGUCCAAGCGGACAGGUCAAGUGGCGGCCAUGGACCGCCGGAUCGGAGAGCUGAGGAACCGUCUCCACAGGAAAAGAGCAGAGCUGAGCCGGAAUGAGGGCCCGUCCUCCCCCCGGACUACCCCACAACCCAGUGCCGCCAUCUCCGGCCGAGUGGCAGCCGUCUGCCCGUACGUCCAGACGCCGGCCGAAGGGAGGCGCGACCCAGGACGCCCCACAGACCCUCCGCCCAAAGCCGCGCCACUCAGCCACGUCCGCUCCCUAUCAGUCAGUGACUCGCCGUGGCCCAACAUCAGCCAGACUGGAGCCGACUGGAGGACCUGCAGUCCAGAACCGCAGCUGCGACCCUCCGGCUACGGGACGUACCCCAGCGCCGCCCAUCAGGCCGCCGCCCAUCACUGCAGCUCCCUGCCGCGCUCGGCGCCCGGGACGCUGGGCUGGCCACGCCCCCCCGCCGCCACCGGUUCCUCAUCUUCAUCGCCGCAGCGCGUCCCCAACCAGAACCCAGGUUCUGCGCCAUCCUCCCCGCUGUCCCUCCAGUCGGAGCGGACUGACCCCCCUCCUGCGGUGGCGGUGCGUCCCUACGUCCCGGAGCAGCCGUCCAGGCCGCAGUCCCCCAGGAAGGGCCCCGCCACCAUGAACAGCAGCUCCAUCUACAGCAUGUACCUGCAUCAGCCACAGGCCAAGAACCCGGGCCCCCUUGGGAACCGGGCCGCCGUCAGGGCAGUCUACGGGAAGCCUGUGGUCCCGUCCUCGUCCCCCGCUCUGCAGGACGAAGCCAGAGAUAGCGCUGUCCUUCCUCCGCCCGGCGUGGACGGCUUCCCUCGUCCCCUCAGUCCCACCAAGCUGACGCCAGUCGCCCACUCGCAGCUGUGGUACCAGAAUGACGCCGACCUGGAGGUUCUGCGGCGCCGUCUCAGCAACGCUCCACGGCCCCUGAAGAAGCGGAGCUCCAUCACUGAACCUGAGGGCCCCCAGGGGCCCAACAUCCAGAAGCUGCUGUACCAGCGGUUCAACACGCUGGCUGGAGGCAUGGAGGGCGGUUCUGCAAACCCUUUCUACCAGCCAGACGGGCUCCUGGGGGACGUGGACGCCGUCCAUUCAGCCAACGGGAGCCUGGAACCGGGAGACAAGGUAGUGCACAGAGAGGUCAAAGGUCAGGACCUGAGUUCAGAGUCCUGCUGCUCCUCUUCACCCUCCGUUACCAUGGAAACACCCAAAGAGACAGAAAGCACCACCAUCCUGCCUCCCUCAACCCAACCCGGCUCGCCUCCAGAGCCACAGAGGUCCGAGGUCCAGAACCAGAACCAGGGAGGCGCUGGCUCCACCCACAGCUCACCUCCAGCACCUGCUGCUCUGCCUUCAGGACCAAAGGCGAAGCGGACCAACUUGAAGAAGCCGUCGUCGGAGCGAACGGGUCAUGGCCUGAGGGUCAAGUUCAACCCCCUGGCUCUGCUGCUGGACGCCUCGCUGGAGGGAGAGUUCGACCUGGUCCAGAGGGUCAUCUAUGAGGUGGAGAACCCCAGCAUGCCCAACGACGAAGGUAUCACUCCUCUUCACAACGCCGUGUGCGCCGGUCAUCACCACAUCGUCAAGUUCCUGUUGGACUUUGGAGUGAACGUGAACGCGGCCGAUAGCGACGGAUGGACUCCGCUGCACUGCGCCGCUUCCUGCAACAGUGUCCACCUCUGUAAGAUGCUGGUGGAAUCAGGAGCCGCCAUCUUCGCCACCACCAUCAGUGAUGUGGAGACGGCGGCUGACAAGUGUGAGGAGAUGGAGGAGGGCUACAGCCAGUGUUCCCAGUUCCUCUAUGGCGUCCAGGAGAAGCUGGGCAUCAUGAACAAGGGGGCGGCGUACGCACUGUGGGACUACACCGCACGGCGGGACGACGAGCUAUCCUUCAGCGAGGGUAACGCCGUCACCGUGCUUCGUCGCCAUGACGACACCGAGACGGACUGGUGGUGGGCCAGGCUGGACGACCGCGAGGGAUACGUGGCGAGGAACCUGCUGGGGCUGUACCCACGGAUCAAACCCAGACAGAGGUCGCUGGCGUGAAGCCCGGCUCCAUGAGGAAGAGGAGGGUGUAGGGUUGGUUCUGAGAGGAAACGGCAAAGCAGAUGUUGACCUUCAGCAGCUGAAGGAUGGAAACAUCUGCCCACUAAUGGCUCUUUCUGUCUGUGGGGGGGUUGGCCUCUGAGGUCCUCGUGGGUCAGAAAAAGCGAUGAAGAGCAGUGGAAGGUGACCCAGGGUGUGUCAGGUCGGUUGAAGGUCAUCUGAAGGUUGGUUGGCCUCUGACCUUCAGGCUGCUGAUGGAUCAGUAUCAGAGGAAGGAAACAGGAAGUGAAGAUGACACUUUAAUGAAGCGGUCCAUGUCUCCAAAGGUUCCCCUGAACUCCAACUGUUCAUAAGAGGUUCCGGGUCACAUUCAGACCGGGUCAGAACAUUGGGUCCGAGUCAUUCUAGGCUUCAGAACCUUCUCUGCUGCUUGUUUUCAUGUUUCAUUCUCCUUAAUGUUGCUUUAUUUAGCCAAGCUUUGCUUUUCUCAUUAGAGUCAGUUCUGUCGCUGUGGAGACUCUGCUGCCAUCUAGUGGACAGUUUUUCUGAGGGCUGGAUCAGCGGCUCCACCUGCUGGACUGGAUGUGCCUGAAUUUUAUGUCCACGUUAAUAUUUUUAUUUCACAAGCAUUUUGUUUCCAGUAGCUGGUUUAUGACCUGUUGAGCUGCAUUAUUAAAGUCAAAUAAAACAUUAAUAAUUGUGUUUAAACCUCUCA